UGCUGCAAUUUUUGCAUAAUUUUGGGCGCGCGUGUUUCGUACCUUCCAUUUCCCAGAUGUCUUCAUAUGUCCGUUCUUCUCUAUUUGAAUAUAUUAAGUCCCUUGAUAUUUUUAUCCUUGAUGGGCUCUAUGGACACCCACCGACUUGUCUGGUCAUAUUUAGAGAGCUGCCUGAAUUAGCAAAGCAUCUUGUGCUGCGUCUUCUCUUUAUUGAACAGGCCAUUCCAAAAUCUAUAGUUUCCAGUUGGGUUUCUAAAGAAGCCCAGCAAUCUUUUACAGAUUCAUGCAAAGCAUUAACGGAUUUACGGAUAUGGCACAGUGUUGAUAGUAAUGUCACAAGGGGGUCCUGGAGACUAAACGAAAAAUUUCAAGAGUUUAUGAAAAUUUCGCUCUUUGGAGGUGGUAAGGCAAUCUUAAGUGAUAUGGAAUCCCAUUCAAUUGACAAACAUUCUAAGGACAAAGAAUUUUUGACGAUUUACGCCGCUGAGCGUUGGGACAAUAUACUCCAUUUUAUGGUUGGCUCUGACAGUGUAGAAAUCGGAACUAUCGUGAGAGAUGUUAUGAGUCUAUCUGGACUUAUGAGAUUUUCUGAUACAGAUAUUGGAAUAACGCAACAAGGCUUCCACUUUUUGCUCUUGGAUCGCUCAUCUCAAGUUUUGCGACUUAUUUUGCAUUACUUUGACUACGUCAGGGAGAAUAAACUAAAUCUUAUCGAAGCAAUACAGCUUGUGUUCCAGUUAAGUUUCCUGUCAACCGAUCGGCCUUGUAAUUAUAGUUGA